GUCACGGUCUGAAUCCGCGGCAGAGAGGCGGGGACCGCCGCUACUCGCGUGCGAGGCGCUACCGGAGCCCGUGCUGAGCGCGGCUGUCGUGGGCCUCCUUCAGGGACUCGUGGGGUUGUGCUCGUGAAUUCUGUCAUUUCGCCAGCCACCGAAACUGCCCUCGGCGUCCCUCAGUGGUUCCCAGAGCUCUGUUUCAGCAUAAGCAGAGCGGGGGGAGACAAGAACAAGGGAUGUCAGGACCAAGGCCCGUUGUCCUGAGCGGACCCUCAGGGGCUGGGAAGAGCACCCUGCUGAAGAGACUCCUUCAGGAACAUGGCAGCAUCUUUGGCUUCAGCGUGUCCCACACGACAAGGGACCCGAGGCCAGGAGAGGAGAACGGCAAAGAUUACUACUUUGUGACCAGGGAGGUGAUGCAGCGCGACAUUGCUGCCGGAGACUUCAUCGAGCACGCCGAGUUCUCAGGGAACUUGUAUGGGACCAGCAAGGCCGCUGUGCGGGCCGUGCAGGCCAUGAACCGCAUCUGCGUGCUGGAUGUGGACCUGCAGGGCGUGCGCAACAUCAAGAAGACUGACCUGCGGCCCAUCUACAUCUUCGUGCAGCCGCCCUCACUGGAUGUCCUGGAGCAGCGGCUGCGACAGCGGAACACGGAGACAGAGGAGAGCCUGGCCAAGCGUCUGGCGGCGGCCCGGGCCGACAUGGAGAGCAGCAAGGAGCCCGGCCUGUUUGACCUGAUCAUCGUCAACGACAGUCUGGACAAGGCCUACUGGGCCCUGAAGGAGGCGCUCUCCGAGGAAAUAAAGAAGGCACAAGCAACUGGUCAGUCCUGAUGCCAGCUGUGUCCUCUCAGGUGGGGCCUAGGGCCUGGCGCCCACGCCAAUGGGCCAGAGUCUCCUGGCAGUGACUCUGCUCACCUCAGCUGACAUCCAGAGAUUGGGGUGCUGCCCAUCUUCCCUCACCCCCCACCGUGGUUGGAGGACCUUGUCUCUUACCCCCACUCCCCACAUCCAUUUCUAGGCUUCCUCCCCACCAUGCCCUGUCAACCCCUUACCUGUGGAAGCCAGGCCAACAUCCAAAUAAAGAACUGCUGGGUUAGUGUC